AUGUUCACCGAAACCACCAUCGAUCCCGAUCCUCGCCAACCCGCCCGGCAAUCGUGUGCCUUCCCCACGGUAACCAAACCUACUUUGAUGGGAUUUUUUAGCCUCAACCAAGAACGGCAAUACGAUGCAUCCGCCGCCCAGCUCAAGUACCUAACACUGCCCCGCGGCACUUCGCUAACGGAACUGCGCCUCGAUCUGAACGAAGGCUUCGAAACACACCACCCCAAACCGGACAGUACGCAAGAGGAACGGAUCGACAUGCUGCUCACCUUCAUACGCCGCAGCUCCGAUCCGCGACAGCUGUGGAUCCCACAGGAGAACGGCCAGCUACGACUGAAGCACAACUUUGUCUGCUUCCGCGGGUUGCUACGUUUGCUCGCCUGCACGCCGUACGAGUGGAAAACGCCGUGGAUUGUGCAGGCCAUCCGGUACCGGGGAACAAUUUACCUGUGCGAAAAAGCUACCCCCGAAAAGGAGCAAUCGGUGCGGAAUGAAACGGAGCAACAGAAACGGUUCUGCUAUUAUGGAUUUAAGUUCGAACAGCACAUACUAACGCAAGAGCCGGCUGUUGAGCCGGACACUUCGGCACCGGUACGGUUGGGGGAGGAGUUUUGCGCCAUGUUCGACACGACACUGGCCGGUCAUCGGUUGCUUUACGGGGCGGAAAUGGAUGGGAUUGUGACGGAUCGGCCGCUCGAUCGCGAACGGGUCAGUGUGGAUGAGCUGCGCCGGUGUGAGUUCGUCGAGGUGAAGGUAAAGCGGCGCGAAACAGCCCAACGACAGGUGGACAAUUUCUAUCGCUUCAAGACGAAGAACUGGUGGUGUCAAAGCUUCCUGGUGAACGUGCAACGGUUGGUGGUGGGUUUGCGGGACGAUGCCGGCAUUGUGCGGGAGAUAACGAACGUGCGGCUGAAUGACCUGUGCCGCCAAUCCGCCCGGUACUGGUCACCGGCCGUUUGUAUGGACUUUUGUGCGGACUUGCUUUCGGAGAUGGUGCGGGUGCUGGGACGGACGGAUAGCAGCCGGAAGGUGUACCAGUUUGAGUACGACGCUCGGCAAUGCAGACGCGUACGGUAUCGGGUGCUGGAAGGGGAAUCCUUCCUACCGGACUGGUACACCAAGUAUGUUGAGGAAAUGCAACCGAAAUGGAAGGAUUAGCAUCAAGUUUCGCAUUGACAUAAACGGAUCCAUUCCUUUUUAAACUUA